AAUACUGAAUGAGCGAGAGCGGUAGAAAGAUGUGUAGAGAGAGAAAGCUAGAGGAGAGUGGAGAUUGAGCAAGGGUUAACUUAUAGGUAUUUCUAGAGAGUGCUUGAGUAGAGAGAGAGGAGGUUAGAGAGAGAGAGAAAGCGGGGCUAGAGAGAGAGAGUCAUUGACUACAACGCCCCCAACUAAAUAUGGUUGAGGCAGUCACCUUAAACCUGAACAACCCUCUCCGUUCUCUCCUGCACUCAAAUCGAUCGUCAUCGGACCCUUUCAAAACUUCUCUCUCUUUCCAAUGCCCUCUUUCUCUCUCCUCCCCUCCCUUCUUUCUCUCUGCAACUCCUCUGCAACACAAAAGGGCUCACGGAGGCCUCUUCCGUAACUUAACUUGGCUAUGGCAGCGAUUUCCAUGGUUGUUGCUAUCUUUUUCUCCAUCUUUGGGCUGAUCGUCUUUCUCUUAAUUUUUCUUAUCUGCAGGCCAUGGCGAUGGUGCUCUACACAGGCUAAUAAUGACCUGAAGAAACCACUUAUUUCGGAUGACUCGGACAGCCUAAGUGAUUCUGCUGGAUUUCAUGCUUCAGAGGAAGCUGUUCAACAUCAACUGCGUGCACCAAGUCCUCCACCUACAAAUGCAGGUGUAGAUCAAGGUGGUAGCGUAGUUCUGGAUAUUUCAGAUCGUUUAGAAGAUUUGCAAGUUGGUCAAACGAUUAAACAUGCAGUGGGGAAAAGCUGGCCUGUUGAGGAAAAGUUUGAUGAGAAGAAAGAACCCAGCCUUGCUGGUGUCAUAUACAAAGAUGGACCAUAUCAAUUUUCAUUGCUUAAGAACUAUUCAGUUCAACGAAGUAGCUUGACUCUGGAAGUUAUAUCUGGUCCCUCCAGUGGAAUUCGCUUCUCGGUAUUGUCAACAAAUGCAUCUGCACUUCCUUUUACUCUUGGGAGACUUCAACCCUGUAAUUUAUUAUUGAAUGACUCAGGGGUUUCUGGGAAACAUGCAAUGAUAAAUUGGGAUGCAAAGAAAAUGAAAUGGGAGUUGGUGGAUAUGGGCAGCUUGAAUGGAACAGUUUUGAAUACCCAGGCCAUACACCUUCAAGAAUCAAAUAUCAGGCAUUGGAGUCAUCCCUUUGAGCUUUCUGAUGGAGACAUAAUUACUCUUGGCUCAACAUCAAAAGUGCAAGUUCAAAUUGUGAAACAUGAAGCACAUAAUUGUCCCUUUGGCGUAGGAGUGGCAUCAGAUCCUAUGGCUGUGCGAAGGGGAGCAAAGAAGCAUCCUAUGGAAGAUGUAUGCUAUUGCCAAUGGCCUCUGCCUGGAGUCCCGCAGUUUGGACUAUUUGGCAUCUUUGACGGUCAUAGUGGUGUAAAAGCAGCGAAGGAUGCUAGUGAAAUGCUGCCUAAGGUGGUUGCUGAUAUCCUGUUGACUCCAGAAAGAAGACAGAAAGUCUUUUCCUAUUGUGAUGCUUCCGAAGUCCUCAAGGACGCAUUCAGUCAGACAGAAGCUGCUUUGACUCAUCAGUAUGAGGGUUGUACUGCAAGUGUUCUUUUGGUUUGGGUAGAUCCACAUGAUGAUUUCUUCGCACAAUGUGCAAAUGUUGGGGAUUCUUCCAGCGUUUUCAGCAUUAACGGAAAGCAGAUUACUGUAACAGAGGAGCAUAGGUUGACUAGUAAGUCGGAAAUAACUCGUUUAGCAAAAGCUGGAACUGCCCCAGUAGAUGGCUUAACACGCUUAUGUGGAUUCAAUAUAGCACGUAUGCUUGGAGACAAGUUUGUGAAAGAACAAGAUACACGCUUCAUUGCAGAGCCGUAUGUCAGCCAGGUUGUUCACAUAGAGAGGGCAAGCAAGACCUUUGCAGUCAUGGCAAGUGAUGGCUUAUGGGAUGUGCUCACUACUAAGAGAGCAGUCGAGCUUAUACAUAAGUUUAGAGAGAGAAAGGAUGGUAAUGAGGAUGAUAAGGCCCCUGGAAAGAUAGCUGAUUUUUUGUUGAGCCAAGCAAAGAACCUGCGAACGAAGGAUAACACAUCCAUCAUUUUUUUGGACUUUGAUAUAUCUGAGAAAGCUUCCAGUGAGACACAAACUCACAUUGAAUGACAUUUUACUUGAUUUCUGAUUCUAACCCAUGUACAUAUCAUCCAUUUUUUCUCCUUAUUUUUCUUUUGAGUUCUUGUGACAUUAACACCCACAAUGAAUGGAAUUUUUACUCAUUUUAU